AUGGUCUUUUCGUCAAACGGCUCCAGCAAUGGUGCCAAGUUAAGUAGCAGCACCAAUGGAAUUUUCGACGCAUGUGUUGUAGGAGCAGGGCCUGCAGGGUUAAUGCUAAGUGUCAUUCUUGCCAGACUGGGUCUCAAUAUCAAGGUACUCGACGAGAGGCCAGAUCAGACUACUGUGGGACGAGCGGAUGGAAUUCAGCCCAAAACCAUUGAGACACUGCAGAUGUUGCGUCUUGGAGAUGAGCUACUGCAAACUGGAGUCAAGGUUUUCGAUAUCUGCAUGUGGCGCGGCUCACCUGCUGGCCUACAGAGAAUGGGUCGAGAGUGUCACUAUCCUGCGUCAACUCUUGAUGUUCUCCAUCCUUUUAUCCUACUUUGCCAUCAAGGAAUGGUUGAGGGAAUGCUCAUCGACGAUCUGCGAGAGAGCGGAACAGAGGUCUCACGAAGCCACAUUUUUGAGACAUUUUCUCACGAUUCGGCGAGUGGCCCGCUUAAGAUUACCUGUGCCUCACCAAAAGACUCAAAGGAUGGGAUUCUCUCAGAAUUUUUGGUGGGAUGUGAUGGCGCAAGGUCGCGUGUGCGCGAAGCAAUUCCAGAUACCUACUCUACUGGGACGCCUCACAACUCAGUCUGGGGUGUCCUGGAUGGCGAACUGAAGACCGACUUCCCAGACAUCUGGAGCAAGACUGUGGUCUUCUCCGAAGAGCACGGAAGCAUAUUGAUGAUUCCACGUGAGCGCAAUAUGACGAGAUUCUACAUUGAGAUGAAGUCCUCUACCUCUUCAAAGGAGCUCGGCCAAGAAUAUGUCAUGGAACAGGCUCAGCGUAUCCUCAGUCCUUACACAGUUGAGUGGCUGUCGGUCGAAUGGUUCGGAAAAUACGGCGUCUCUCAAAGGGUAGCUGCCUCCUUUUCUGACCCUGAGAAGAGAGCAUUUAUCGCAGGAGAUGCAAGCCAUACCCACAGCCCGAAGGCUGCUCAGGGAAUGAACACAAGUGUGCACGACUCAUGGAACCUUGGUUGGAAGUUGAACCUGGUCUCUCGAGGUCUAGCAAACAAGGAUCUGUUGCUAGGGAGCUACGAGGACGAACGUAAAAAGAUUGCCCACGAUCUUAUCGACUUCGACUACGAACAUGCCAAUGAAAUUGCUGGUGGUGAUGCCAAACGCUUAGCAGAGAAUUUCCGAACCAACAUCAGAUUCAUCUCAGGUGUUGGUGUUGAGUAUGGCCCGGGUGUUCUCAACUCCGGAUCAGCGGUGGGAAUCCUGAAGCCAGGAUCCAACCUGCCUCCAGGCAAGGUGACCAGGUACAUUGACGCAAACCCGAUCGAUAUACAGCUGGACAUCCCCAUGCUGGGCCAAUUUCGGGUCUAUGUCGUUGUACCGGACCUCAAUAAUUCCGCCCAAGCUGCCUUCAUUCGCAAAUUCAACGCCACAGUGAGCGCUGGAUCAUCUUUAAUUUCCAGGGCGUCCGUAGCAGCUCAAAGAUCAUACAUCGAGAAACCGCGAGCCAAGAGGAAUAAAGACGUUUAUUUCAGACCAGAGAGAUACACGACAGUAAGCCAACUUAUUACGUUUUCUCUCAUUACUGCUACCGAAAAGAGCUAUUUUGAAAUCGCAAACCUGCCUCGAAUUUUCUCUCAAAGCCCCUGGACCAUCUACCUGGACGAUGUGCCAAAUUUGGAUACACAAGGCAAGCCUUGCAUUCAGAAGUGGCUGGGAGAUCUGGGUAACGAAAAGGUCUCCAUUAUUAAUGUCCGUCCUGAUGGAUAUGUUGGUUCGGUCGAGACUUUUGAUCUUAACACAGACAACGCCGGAGAUGCUGCCGCUGCCUGGCUGGAGUCUUACUACGGAGCAUUUUUGCAGUUUUAA